AGCUACGUAUAGAUGUUAGUCUUGUGUGAAGUUUAGCCUACUCCGUUAGAAGGUAAACGUGUAACAUAUGUCAGGGAAGGGACGUUGUUAUUCGUUAGAAAAGUGGAGUGUGUGUGUGGAUAGUCGAUUAUCAGUUAUCGCGUUUUUGUUAUCGUUUGCAUUUUUUACGACCCACCAAUGUUUGUCUUCAGCAUAGGAUAUCAAGAAAUCUAUUCGUUGAGCAAAAUGUUUUGACUUCUCUAUAGCGAUAUAUAUAUAGGGCAUUGGGAUGCAAAUCCUAAAUACGUCCCGACAACUACAUCUGUGUGAAGGGGAAGUAGCCUACGAUAUGUCAAACCGUAUUUAACUUCGUCCUCUUGUCUGGUGAACUACAUAUUAGUCAAGCCGGGGAGAACAGUUGUAGGGAGUUUCUCAUUCUUUACAAAGUAAUGUUUCGAUAUUGGAAGAAUUUAUAUAGAAAAUACACAUCGAAUAACGACCGAGGCGCUGGAAUGGACAACGCUGGGUAUUGCAACGAGACCUAUGAAAGCCUUCACAACCCGGCUAGCGAUGACGAGUUGGUCGAUAUAGCUGGAGUCACGCUCGAUUUCUCCAACACCGAGGACGUGCCACCUCUAGACCCCGAAUACGGCUCAGGCUACGGUAAUACCGGUUACUCUAAUGGUAUGACCGGUAACGGUAAGCUGAUGGACCUACUAGAUGAGCCGGUACCGGGGGUAGGGACCUACGAAGACUUCAAUACCAUCGACUGGGUCAGAGAGAAGAGCAAGGACCGUGACCGUCACAGAGAGAUCACCAGUAAGAGUGAGCAGUCUACCUGGGCCCUGCUCCACAGCAUCAGUGAUGCCUUCUCUGGCUGGCUCCUCAUGCUGCUCAUAGGACUCAUGUCUGGUGCUCUAGCAGGCUGUAUAGACAUCUCAGCCCACUGGUUAACAGACCUGAAGGAAGGUGUGUGUCUGUCUGGCUUCUGGUUCAACCAUGAACACUGCUGCUGGGGCUCUAACCAAACCACCUUUCAAGAGAGGGACAAGUGUCCACAGUGGCAGAGCUGGGCUGAACUGCUGGGUGGUAGCUCAGAGGGGGCGGCAGCGUACAUAGUCAACUACCUGAUGUUCAUGUUGUGUGCUCUACUGUUCUCCUUCCUGGCUGUCAUUCUGGUCCGGGCCUUUGCACCUUACGCCUGUGGAUCAGGAAUACCAGAGAUAAAGACCAUCCUCUCUGGGUUCAUCAUUAGAGGCUACCUGGGGAAAUGGACCCUGAUCAUCAAGACAAUUACCCUGGUCCUGGCUGUCUCUUCUGGUCUCAGUCUUGGCAAGGAAGGACCCCUGGUCCAUGUAGCAUGUUGCUGUGCUAACAUCCUCUGUCAUCUGUUCACAAAGUACCGACAGAACGAAGCAAAACGACGAGAGGUGUUAUCUGCAGCCGCAGCAGUGGGCGUGUCUGUGGCCUUUGGAGCCCCUAUAGGAGGAGUACUGUUCAGUCUGGAAGAGGUGAGCUACUACUUCCCUCUGAAGACUCUGUGGAGGUCGUUCUUCGCUGCCCUGGUGGCAGCCUUCGUCCUCCGCUCCAUCAACCCGUUUGGUAACAGCCGACUCGUCUUGUUCUACGUCGAGUUCCAUACCCCCUGGCACAUGGUGGAGCUGGUCCCGUUCAUCCUGCUGGGCAUCUUUGGUGGCCUCUGGGGGGCGCUCUUCAUCAGGGCUAAUAUCGCCUGGUGCAGAAGACGUAAGACCACUCGUCUGGGCCACUACCCGGUGCUGGAGGUCUUGGUGGUAACUGGAAUCACAGCCCUCCUCUCCUUCCCUAACAGUUACACCAGGAUGAGUGGGUCAGAGCUGAUCUCAGAACUGUUUAAUGACUGUUCUCUACUGGAUUCCUCACAGCUGUGUGACUACAACAGCUCUGAGAACAGGUCUGACUCUGGUGUGUUUACUGCCAGCCUCACUGAUAGGGCGUUCAGUAACACACUCCCUGAUAGGCCAGCUGGACCAGGUGUGUACACAGCGCUAUGGCAACUGGCACUGGCCCUCUUCUUCAAGAUGCUGGUCACCGUGGUUACCUUCGGCAUGAAGGUUCCUUCCGGUCUCUUCAUCCCCAGUAUGGCUGUAGGGGCGAUAGCAGGCAGACUACUGGGAGUUGCCAUGGAACAGAUGGCGUUAAACCAUCAUGACUGGCUCAUCGUCAAGGGCUGGUGCUCGUCAGGGGCGGACUGUAUCACACCAGGGCUCUACGCUAUGGUGGGGGCGGCUGCAUGUCUGGGUGGUGUCACCCGUAUGACCAUAUCGCUGGUGGUCAUCAUGUUUGAGCUGACCGGCGGUCUGGAGUACAUCGUUCCUCUGAUGGCUGCGAUCAUGACCUCUAAGUGGGUAGCGGAUGCGUUGGGUCGUGAGGGGAUCUACGAAGCCCACAUCCGACUCAACGGUUACCCCUUCCUGGAAACCAAAGAGGAGUAUGGACACAAGACCCUGGCUCAGGACGUGAUGCGCCCUAGGCCAUCGGACCCUCUCCUAGUCGUGCUCACUCAGGAGGGUAUGAGUGUAGGGGAGAUAGAAGGGGUGAUGGCAGACACUGACUACAGUGGCUUCCCCGUAGUGGUGUCACAGGAGUCUCAGAGACUAGUGGGCUUCGUACUGAGGAGGGACCUGGUCAUAUCUCUAGACAACGCCCGUAAGCGACAGGAGGGGGUGGUCAGUGCCUCGUUGGUGUUCUUCUUGGACCACGUGCCCCCCCAGCCCUUCUCCGGCCCCCCUGUCGUCAAACUACGAGGUAUCCUGGACCUUAGUCCCUUCACUGUGACAGACCACACCCCCAUGGCGAUAGCUUUGGACAUCUUCAGGAAGCUGGGACUCCGACAAUGUCUGGUUACACACAACGGGAGGUUGCUGGGAAUCAUCACUAAGAAAGACAUUCUGAAACACAUGGCUCAGAUGUCCAACAGAGACCCAGACUCUAUCCUCUUCAACUGAGACCCAGACUCUAUCCUCUUCAACUGAGACCCAGACUCUACCCUCUUCAACGGAGACCCAGACUCUACCCUCUUCAACGGAGACCCAGACUCUACCCUCUUCAACGGAGACCCAGACUCUACCCUCUUCAACGGAGACCCAGACUCUACCCUCUUCAACGGAGACCCAGACUCUACCCUCUUCAACGGAGACCCAGACUCUACCCUCUUCAACGGAGACCCAGACUCUACCCUCUUCAACGGAGACCCAGACUCUACCCUCUUCAACGGAGACCCAGACUCUACCCUCUUCAACGGAGCUCUAUGAGACUUGGAAGAGGACACCAGCCUAUAGGAGAGAUGAUACGGUCUUGUUUUCUCAGUAGGACUCACCUGAAGAAGAGGGCUGGUGGACACAGUAACAUGGACACAUUUCUACAAAGAGGAGGAUGGAAAAAUAGGAGAGAAGACACUGAGAAGGAAAAUCAUGAAGUAAAAUCAUUUGGUGGCAAAAAUCCUAGUGGGUAAGAGUGUUGGGCCAGUAACCGAAAGGUCGCUGGUUUGAAUUCCCGAGCCAUCUAGGUGAAAAGUCUGUCAACAUGUCCUUGAGCAAGGCACUUAACCCUAACUGCUCCUGUAAGUCACUCUGGAUAAGAGCGUCUGCUAAAUGACUAACGUGUAAUAGAUCUGCCGAACUAAUAGACAGAGAUCUCUCCUGCACUUCAACCAGUACUAUAGCUGUACAGAGAGAGAUGAGGAAUGAGAUGGAAGGAUGAGGGUGAGAUGGAGGUAUGAAAAGAGAGAAUUUCAGAAAUGGCUGAUCAUGAUGGAAAAUGUAAGGUUCCACUGAGCUCUAGAGAAAAGAAAAGACGUUUGAGGAGAGGUGAAGAGAGAUGGUGGGGAAGUGCUGACCAAACUCUUACUGAUGCAGUAGUACACUAUGUAGGGAAUUAGGCUUCCAUUUCAGACCCAAUCUGGACCGCUGUAGGGUCCAUCUGGACCGCUGUAGGGUCCAUCUGGACCGCUGUAGGGUCCAUCUGGACCGCUGUAGGGUCCAUCUCAGGUGGUUAAAACUGUCAGUGAGUCUGUCCUCCAUGUUGUCUUGUCUGUGCUUGUUAGAUACAGAUGUGUCUGUGCAUAAUCUCUAAGUGUGUGUGUGUGUGUGUGCGCGUGUGCAUUGCACAUUGCUGAGGUAAAGCUAGAACACAAAAGGGAAACAUCGAAGUGUAGAAUUCCUCCUAAAAUAGCCCCCAUUACCACAUGGGUAUGUUACCAUGACUACCUGGUUCUUCAUCACCAUGAUGUGCGACAGGCGUGGGAAAAGGUUGACGACACACACAGUCAGGUUAUUUGAAUAGAAUGCUUUUAGCUACAGGAUAUUAGAUAGCUAAACGGAUCCAAAGAGACUUCACAUGGAGAUCAGGUUACAGAGCUGCUCAAAUUCACACAUUCCUCAAACACCUACACAUCAGAAGACACGUGUGUGUGUGUGUGUGUGUGUGUGUGUGUGUGUGUGUGUGUGUGUGUGUUGGGUUCAGUGGUAGAGUCAGAGCAGGCUCCCUUGAUUCCCGUUGAGUCAUAUAGGGGUGGAUUGGCCUCUUUCAAGGACUUUCUUUAGGCCCCUUCGUGUGUGUGUGUGUGUCCUAGGGAAUAUUUUACAGAGAUGGGAAUUUGCCAAAAUGGACUCACGUUUCUGAGAGUUGUACAUAAACUAUAUUGCCUUUCCAAGUUUGAAGUUGUUGGUUUAAAUAGGACUUUGAGUCUGAACUGUUUAAUCUCUUCUCUCUUUCUGAUUCUGAAAUAUUUUUUAGGGAUGGAGAAUCAAAUGGGAUGUGUUUGUGUGUGUGUUGAUGAGCUCAUGGGAAGGGUUGUGUUUAUAAUCAACAAUGGUGAUCAGAUUGUCAUAACCAUCUCCUUAUGUCUGUGUCCCAAAUGACACCCUAUUCUCAAUAUAGUUCACUACUUUUGACCAGGGCUUAUAGUGGAUAGGGCACCGUUUGGGAUGCAUCCCAUUCAUAUGGCCCUGGAGGACCAAAUGAUCAUCUUCAUAUUCUUCUUUUUAUUGCGGUGUUUUCCCUGGUCUUCUCAUUUUUAUAGAAAUGUUGUCAUCCCAUCCGUCCACCCACCCACCCACUCUAUUCUCUGUCCCUUCCCUCUGUUUCUCUCUCUGUCCUUAGACAAACCCUCCCUCCCUCUCUUCUGUACUAUCCCCACCGUCUCUCUCGCUCUCGCUCGCUCUCUCAUUCCAAAUAUGAUGUCACAAUGCCUGUCGAGCCGCGUGAGGUUUAGUCUAGAAGGGAUACAGCUUUUGUAAAAAUUGUCUUUUUCGCAGCAGGUUUACUAGAAUUUACGCAGCAGAUUAGGCAAAUUAGGUUACAGUUAGGCAAAUUAGGUUACAGUUAGGCAAAUUAGGUUACGGUUAGGCGAAUUAGGUUACGGUUAGCUUAAAAUGCAAAAGAAAAUCUGCUUUUGAUGUCAAUUUCACAAAAGCUGUAUCCCGUCUAGACAUGACCGCCGCGUGACCCCUCUCUCUCUUGUCUUGUAACAGGAAGUGCAAUAAGGUGUGGUCUAGUUUGUGCUGAGCCCUGGCCAGUUUCUUUAUUUCUCCAUGCUGUAGGGACCACUUCCUAUGCUACUGCCAGCCUUUGUUUGAUAGUUGGGGUUUAAAAGCACUGUCGCUGAGACUACUUACAAUGAGCACCUCUGGCAGUUCCUAAGAAGCUUAUCAGAAGUGAAAUGAUUUGUCCUUCUGAACGUGGAAUGUUGUAUUGUUACCAUGCCCUAUGAGGGAUUCCCAUAUUUGUGCCCCUCCCAGAAUUCUAGGAGUCUCAAUUCUCCCUGAAGUCUGGGCAGUGGGCUCAAAGCACCCUGUGUGUGUGUGUGUGUGUGUGUUUCUGUCUGGCCCCAAUUGGUCUAUCCAGGAUUUUGUUGAUUAAUUUCUUACACCUGACCACAGACAGGGGUUUUAGGGGGUGAGGAGGUGUGAAAGCUCAUUAGAAGCACAUUUCCUGACUGCCUCUUAGAACAACACAGACCUCUGUAGACUGAUAACUAUGGAGGUAAUGCCAACACUGUUGAUACAACGGGGGGGGUAUCAGGAUGGGAGGUUGUGAAAAGAGGGGGAUUUAAAGGAGGGCUUAUUCUUUGUUCACACUCCUGAGAAAAAUACUGAACAAAGGAGAGAGGGAAAGUUGAGUCAAACAAGACCCUGUGGCCUUCACUGUCACCCCAAUCAUACCACACUUCAGGACAUAGACAUGUAAUUACGCUGUUCGAUGUCUUGCAUGUAAUUGAUAUGCCUUGAUUCAACUUUGUGGCUCAUGUAAAUUGUCAAUUAGAAAUCAGAGUUCCUAACGCUCAGUUGAAGUUGGCUGUUAUACGGAACAGUACCAAGAAUUUACCAAAAUACUUGGCAGUAAGUGCUGGAACUUAUUUGUUGUCUAUAUUCUAGAACUGUCUAAAUACUCAGGGGAUUUCUAUUUGACCCCACCCUAGAUGACCACAUGGUGAAACCAUGCACAAUAUACUACAAGACCAUCUGGCUUUAGGACAAUCAAUCCUGUUUUCUAAAGGGCGAGUCCAUUCUGUGUGACCUAUUAGUGUGACCACUAGGGGCGGGCCCAAAUCCCCAAGACACAUGUUUUCCCCAGAAACUCAAACGUUUCCACAGAAGUUUCUUUCACAAUGAAGAUAAUACGGACAUUUUGCAAAGCACUCUGCUAAGAGCUUACUUUACGUACAUGUUAUAUGAACGAUGAUGACAUGUAUGUUUUAGCACUCUGCAGAAGCUUACACACUUUUAUAUGAUUGAUUGGUCUGUAUAUUUUUUUGUUCACAUGAUGUAUAUGUACCAUUUUGUUUACAUUAUUGUAUGAUUAUUUAUUUUUGCACAGAAGGAAAUGUAUGUUUCAUUAUGAUUGUAAUGUUAUGGUUUGUGAUUAAAUGUAUUGUCAGCUAAAUUGAUUAAAUCUAAAUUAUGCAUUCAGA